CUUCACAUUCCAGGCCUGCCCAGGCUCCUCUCCAAAGGUUUCAAAAAUGGAGCCUCUCACAACUAGUUAUCCUCUGAAAUACUCAGUGCACAAAGCCAGGAUCUUUGCUGUCUUCCUGUCAAUGAUUUUGUGCACCACCAUUCUCUGUCUACUGCAACUCAGGUUUUUUAAACCUAAAAUCAAAGAUUUUUAUUCUUUUGAAGUCAAGGAUUCACGAGGAAGGAAUAUUUCCUUGGAGAAGUACAGAGGGAAAAUUCUUCAAAGAAAGAGCCUCGAUGGAAUUUCUGGAAGUACCUUGUCAGCCCUGAGGGUAAAGUUGUGAAAUUUUGGAGACCUGAAGAGUCAAUAGAAAGUAUCAAACCAGAGGUAACAUCAUUAAUCAGGCAGAUUAUCAUGAAGAAAAGAGAAGACCUCUGAAAAAGCCAUUCAGCACCCUGGGUAUACAGCCUUUUUACCUUCCUGGGAAAUUUUGCUAGAAGCUAAACCAUCAGUUGACUUUGCUACUCUUUAACUUUGGUUUUGCAAUUUGUCUACUAGUUCUGGAUUGGCUGCUGUCAUGGCCUGAAGAAACUAGCACAGUGAGGCACUCAGUACUUUGCAGGAAGGGACCAUCAAUUUGCAUAAAAGGUUUAUGAUUUCCUUUUUUGAAUUGCUGACAAUAGCUAAUUAAAAAUGUCAUCUGCAGGUAAAUAGUUAGAAAGAAGGCUUAUUAAUAAAUUACUCAUAUUUACACAGGUUUUUUUCCCCAUUAUAUCAUUAACACAGGAUUUUAUACUCCAUUAACACAUAAUUGCCCUGUCAUGAAAGACAUGGGACCCAGAGACGUCCAUAGCAGGGUUUCACGCAUGUAACUGAAGAUACCAGCUUUGCAAUAUCUUCUCAAGGAAGACUACUGAAUUGUGAAGCUGCCAGUUGCAAAAAAAAAAAAAAAAAAAAAAAAAAAAAAAAAAAAAAAAAAAGUACAUAGAAAAUAAAAUUAUUAAAAGAAGCACAAAAAUUAAAAUAAAGUUUGUUUGCUGCUACGUAUUUUACAUUUCCGUUCUCCAACACCUUUAAAGCCUUCAAUCUUCUCCAUACAUUUGUGCUGCAGUACAGUGCCUCAGAUGUGAGCUCCUCUCCUGGUGGGUUAUUUCUUUUCUGACCUGGAUGAAGGCAGGGCCUGUGUAAAUAUUCAUGGUUACUUACAGAAGGAUUCAGGGGGCAGCUAAAAUCAGGAGCCUGGCACUCUAACAAACAUCUUUCUGACACAGUCCAAAACAAUGCUCCCCAACCACCCAUCUACCUCUCAUCUCUAGAAUAAAAUGGCAGUCUUCAAGGAGAAGUAGAAGAAGGGGAUGCAGGCUCAUGACUCAAGCCCCACUCUUCUCACCUUGCAAACUCCUCAGUCCUGCCGGUAACUGCAUUUCCAGUUCUGUUCCUCUCUUCCAUUACAAACUGCCAAGAAUUUUGAUUUAUCUGUUUGAAUGGAGAUAGAAAACUUGAGUAAGAAACCUCACUCCAGCUGUCCAUGCCUUGAAGAAGGACUGAGAUAAUAGGAAUGAGAAAAACCUGUGUCUCAGUAGAAUAGUGACAUUUUCUAUAUGAAAAGGAUGGGUAGAAUUAGUGCUGUUCUCUUGUAAGACUAACACUGGUUGAAAAUACCCAAAGUGCUUCAAAAAUUUUCUCAGUAAAAACAGCCACUCAACUGUAAAAAAACACGUGAGAAAUUCAAGAGCAAUUUUUUAAAAAGAGGGGGGUUUUCAUUCACUUAUUGAAUUAAUUGAGAAUUUUACAAAAAAUCUAUGAAGAUUGAGUAAUAAUACUGAUGUGGAAGAUUAAACAAAGUCACUGUCAAUAAUGGCAAGCACCUUUUUGGAAAGGAACUCAAACUUCAUGUGUGACAAUUUUAUCCACCCAAAACUUCAGAACCCAGUUAAGUACUAUGUAAAAGUCUCAUUGGUACAAAACAAGCCUGCUGCUGGCAUUUAGACUAGCCUCUGCACUGUUUGCUAUUGUCCUGCAAGAUUCCACAUCAAAUCUGUCAAGACAGUGCCUAUUUUUAUGCUGAGGUCCUGCAUUUUACUCCUGUCUCCUCUUGCAUGUACAGUGAGAACACAUAGUGGGAGAUGUCAGGUGAUUUUUGUCACACAUCUCUGCUGCUUUGAUGGAGCAGGAAGGGAACUGAGAUAUGAACCCUCGCCCCUCACUGGGAGCAGUUGAUGGUCCAUGGAACUAAGUGUCAGGACCCAGUGUUUUGCCCAUAAAAGGUGGAUAUCUUAAUUGGAAAAUGUACAAGCCUAAAACAUGCAUGUCUGUUCAUGUGAACAACCAAAGCUCCCUGGGGUUUAUAUCACUGAAUAAAAAAGGGUAGGUAUAAAGAAAUGUUGGGUGCUGUUAGUGCAAGUCCCCCCCCAAAAAAAAGCCUGUUUUAGUCCUGGCAAUGCCUGAGAGUUAUUCAGCAAAUGAGAAAUUUCACUUGGGUCCUUGAAACACUCAAGAUAAACAGUGAGGCAUGAUUUUCUUGUUUGAAAGGGAGAGGGAGGGAAGGAAAUGUGUGCACCUUGUUUGUGACUCAUUCACUAAAGCUCAUAUUGUUUUCCAGAGGACACAGUGUAAUCUUGAAUAUCUCAAUGCCAGCAUUAAGAUCAAGUGUCUUUGCUGGUAUUCAGAAAUAGCAUGUGAUAUUAGCAAACAAGUGAACAGAAUUACUUAACUCACAGCUUCCUGAAUCAUAGUCACUCCAGAGUCCUAAAGGAAGAAGAUUUUGUCCGAGAAAACAGUUGUGAAACUUCUCAUUCCACUAUUUAGUCACAAUGCAGAGACACAACCAUCUUCUGAAGUAAUUUCAGUACAGGUACCCUUCAGUCCUGAUUCUACACAGUGUAAGGUUUUCAAAAUUUACUGUUGAUUAACAUUCCUCAAAAAAUUAACAUUCCUCCCUAACAAAAACUCUGUGUGUUUGUAUUACUUAUACAUCACGAGACAUGCCAGCUCUUGCAAUAUAAUAUUUAGGGCAGACCACUGAUAAACUAAUCACUCCUUUCUUAAAAGUAUGUUACCAGUUAUUUAGUAAACAUGAAGCAUCUAAUGGCCAAAUCUGCACAAACUUGUGAGAAGCAAGCAAAUAAAAUGAAAGAAUAUGUUAUUCAAACAAACAUUUAUCUAUAGUCAAAAGCCAGGGAAGCAGUGUGAAUGUAUGUCUGUAUAAAUGCUCACUUAGAGUUACUUUAAAAUACAGCAUAUAAAAAUAUAAACUCCAACACUCCAAACAGAUUGAAACCUCUUUCUUAGGUUCCUGAAUAAUCCCCCCACUUGAAGAUUAAACACCCCUCCUAUGAUGCUUAACAAAGGUCAGUCCAUGAGUAAUAAAUUUAUUUUAUUUCCAUUUGAGCAAAACCUAUUGCCUCUUUCAUCCUAAUCCUUCAUUCCCAUCUCAAGCUUCCUUCAUUCCUUAGGUUUGACAUAUCCUUAUUUUCUCAAACAAAGACAAUUGAACUGUGAGCUUCUCUUUCCAAAAAGUUGCCUGGCAGUGAAAAUAUUCUAAAUCCAUUUCAGUCACAGCAGUAUAUGUUCCUGUAAAUUCAAGUAUAAUACUUGUUUGCUGAGCCAACACAUCAAUGUUCCUUCAAUAUUUAGCGGUGUAAGGGAAACAUACUCAUAUAGGGUUCAAACCUGAAACUAUUACUUAAUAUUUACAUAAUUCAGAUUGUUUAUAAACCAGUUGGGGUAGCUGUAUAAUUGCAUGAAAUACAACUGCAUUUACUUCUAUACUCUCAGUUACACCUUAUUUUAAACUCUUCAUUCGCUCAGUCUGCAUAGCCUAGCACAUCUCCCUUUGGUCAGGGGAACCAGGCAGGCACUGGAGCAGCUGGGGACCAAUGAGAUAUUUAAACAGCAGCAUUUAUAUUCUUGUCUGGACUGUGAUGUGCUAAUCUGACAGUGUAGUCAGUUGCUGGUGUGUGAAGAACAGCUAACUAACAAUACACUGCCUGAUCACCACACACAACAGUGGGAUGGCUGUCACUCUGCACACCUUCACCAACACUGCUGCUCUUUCUCUUCACAGUCCAUGGCAUGUUCAGCAGCACCUAGAUAAAACAAGUAACAACAAAGAGUGUCUGGCACUCUGUAGAUGCCUGAAGGGCCAAGACAGGGAUAAAAUUUACACUGUUGGCUGUGGCAACAAGUUUGGAGAAGCUCACAAUGUAACGUGAAUCAAAAAGAUCAAUGUGCUUCCAGCCUUUAUCCUUCCACAUACAGUGCUAUGUCCUGUUCACACUGUGUGGUUGGUGAGACUAUGUGCAGUUGUUUGAAUGCAUUGGUGUUAACAAAUUAAGUUAUCUGGAGAAGCAAUGAGAGAGGAAAGGCUCUAAGACUGACUUUUUAAAUCACAUACUACAGAAAGGUAAUUAUUUUUUUUCAGAUAUAGUAUUUAGGAAGUCAGUGAAAGUCACUUUAAGCCAUUGAGGACUCUAAUUACUCACUUAAAAACAAACAAACAAACAAAAAACACCUCUCAAAAACUAUCAAGCUGCAUUUGUCAAAUAUUACUAUCAAAAAAUUAAAAUCAAAUUUAAAAUGCAUGUGAAGUUUUUUAAAUGUGCUGCUUUUUCUUUAAAUAAGCCCCCAAGAGCUUAAAAUUUUAAAAAAUAUUUUAAUUAUUUACCUGGUUUGGGUAUUUAAAAACUUCCAGUUACCUUGGUAUCUAAAAGCAGAAAAACACCAGAGUCUAAAUAAAGGAAAAAAUCUCACUGUUGUUAGAAUAAUGGAAAGAUACAAGAUACCACUUGGAUUUGCCUGACAGUCAAAGAAAGCAGUAAUCAGGAGAAACAAAAAGAUUUCUUAUACAAAAGUAGUAGCUCUGCAUUUUGAUGACCAAGGUAUGUGGGAAGAGAGAGCAGCUGUAUGUUAGCUGCUGUCAGAACUUCAAGCAGCCAACACACACUGCCGUCCCAUCACACACAGUCACACCACCUGCACAAAUUCCUGCAUGAAUCCCUGCACCUUCCAAAGGAAUUGCCUCAAAACAGCAGAGAUCCAGCCCUGCAGCUGGUGACAGUGUAGCAGUGACUGCUGCAUUAGGUACAGCAGUCAACUAGCAAUACACUGCCUACCAGACACAGAGUCCUUGCAAGGGAGAUGUUUCCCGAAAUAAUAUGUGGAAACAUUCCUGAUUUUUGACUUAAAUUCAGCAUUAUUCACCUGGUUUAAGGUUCACAUUUCAUAUGCGUAUGUGUACAAGUUCAAACAGUAUAUAGUGUCAAGAGAUAAAUGUCACAGGCAGGUGUCUGGCUCAGGAAGACCAGAGUAAGAGAAAAAGUAUAAACCCCGUGCGGAGUUCCCAGGCUGUCCCAAAGGAACUGGAUAGUGUUGCAAACAGUUUCUUGUCUUUGUUGCAGAAAUACAGGCAUAGUAUGUUAC